CACGACACGACAUACGACAGGCACCAUGCGCUGGCUUUUUUCUUUCCUAGUGCUGGCGCUGCUGGGAGCGGUGCAGGCAUUGAGUUCGAGCGGGAGUAGGUUGCUAGUAGUGCUGGAAGAGCUGGCGGAGAAGGACAAGUAUUCGGAAUUCUGGGAUGACUUGCGAGGCCGCGGCUACACCCUCUCCUUCGAGUCCCCCAAAAACGACAAACUCUCCAUCUUCAAGCACGGCGAACGCGCCUACGACCACCUCAUCCUCUUCCCGCCCAAGACAAAAGGCCUCGGACCGGCCCUCACCCCGAAGCUCCUCCUCGAGUUCCUCAAGAAGGACGGCAACGUCCUGCUCACCCUCUCCGCCGACCACCCCACCCCGAGCGCUAUCGUCUCGCUGCUCCUCGAACUCGACAUCCACCUACCCUCCGAUCGCAACACCCUCGUCGUCGACCACUUCAACUACGACACCGUCUCGGCGGGCGAGAAGCACGAUGUGCUCCUGGUUCCCGCCCCGAAGGCGCUGCGUGCGGACGUGAAGAACUACUUCGAGGUCGACGGCACGAUUGCCGUCCCCCGCGCUGUCGGACAAGGUCUUGGGAACGCGACGCCGCAUCUCGCGCCGAUUCUGCGCGCGGGGAGCUCCGCAUACAGCUACAACCCGAAGGACGAGGCCGAGAUCGUGGAAGACCCGUUCGCGGUCGGCGAGCAGCUGUCGCUUGUGUCGGCGAUGCAGGCGCGGAAUUCGGCUCGCUUCACGGUGGUUGGUAGCACGGAGAUGCUGCAGAACGAGUGGUUCGAUGCUAAGGUCGGCGCUGUGGGUGGAAAGGAGCAGACGACCACGGCUAAUCGUGCGUUUGCGGCGAAGGUGUCUGAGUGGACGUUCAAGGAGACUGGUGUGCUGAAGGUGGGACGGCUGCAGCAUUAUCUGAAUGAGGGGAAGAAGAAUGUGAAUGAGAGCGCUGUGGGUGUGCCGGAGCAUAAUCCGGGUAUCUAUCGUAUUAAGACGGAUGUGUCAUUCACAAUCGAACUCUCCGAAUACACCUCCACCCACCUCUCCCCCUUCACGCCACCCGCCACCGACGACGUCCAGCUCGAGUUCAGCAUGCUCUCCCCUUUCCACCGCCUCUCCCUCACCCCGCUAGCGCAAACCGCCAACAGCACUAUCUUCGGCACUUCCUUCGUCUUGCCAGAUCAGCACGGCAUUUUCAAUUUCCGCGUAAACUACAAGCGGCCGUUCCUGACGUCCGUGGAUGAGAAGCGUCAGGUCACCGUCAGGCAUUUCGCCCACGAUGAGUGGCCGCGGAGCUGGAACAUCAGCGCCGCGUGGGUAUGGGUCGGGGGCAUCUGGGUCACGGUGGCUGGGUGGGUUGCGUUUGUGGCGUUGUGGCUGUAUAGCGAGGGGGUUGAGAAGGGGGUGAAGAAGACGCAGUAAGUCUAUUUGGCACAAGAGAUAGGAUUGGUGGAUGGAGGAAAACUGGGAGGAUGAGAUGGACUGAAGGUAGUUGGUGUAUCGAUAUAGACACAUUUCCUUCUUCUGGGUAUCGGUUUGGGAUGGUGUUUGUCUGUAUCUUUAUCUUGAAUGCUAUCAAAAGUGUUUAGACUAC